AUGUCAGUUAGUCAGCGAACAACGAUAGUACGUAAUAAACAACUAUGUGAAACAUGUUUAAGUCAUAAUAAUCGCAUUAAAGGAGAAUUUUUGGUGAUAUCCCAUCUAAUAAAAUUAUUGCCAGAAGAACCAAUAGAAGUUGAAGACGCUGUUUGGGAUACUUAUAAGUUGGCAGAUCCUGAAUUUAAUAAAAGCGAUCGUAUUGAUUUAAUAAUAGAAAGCGAUCUUUAUCCAAAAAUAAUAAAAGAAGGUAUUAAAAAAUAUAACGAUGUAGUCGGACAAGAAACUAUAUUUGGGUGGAUAAUAUCUGGUCAAUUACCAACAAAUACAAUAAAAAAUCAAGCAAUAUCAGAUUUAAAUUUAGAGCGAUUUUGGGAAAUAGACGAUGAAAACAACACAAACUUACAAGAAGAUGAAAAAUGUCAAGAACUAUAUAAAACAACUACAACAAGAGAUACAGACGGUAGAUUCAUGGUGCAAAUCCCAUUUAAAGAAGAAUUGUCUUUAGGGAAUUCUAGAAAACAAGCAGUAGCAAGACUAAUCAACCUAGAGAAGAAAAUGAAGAAAGAAAUUAAGUCAGAAUACAUAGAGUUUAUGCGAGAAUACGAACGUUAA